AUGAAAGAUCUAGGAGAGGCGGAUGUUAUCCUUGGAAUUAGGAUAAUAAGAGAUCAUGGUACGAUUUCACUUUCUCAAUCUCAUUACAUUGAGAAAGUUCUGAAACGUUUUGAUCUCUACGAUAGCACUCUUGUUUCUACACCGAUGGACUGUAAUGUUAAAUUGGUAGCGAACAAAGGGGAACCGACCAUAAAUUACGGUCUUCGCUACACGGGUCAACCUUCGGUGUUAGAAGAAUACACGGAUGCGAGUUGGAACUCAAGUGAGGAGGAUCAUGCCUCGAUGCUUAGAAGUGAAUCAUCCCGAGGUAAGCAUCUUGGUAUGCAACGUAAAGAGGGGAUAUGGACACAUGGCCGAUAUAGUGUCAAGGAGUACAAGAAAUUAUUUCUAACAUAUGUCAAGGUUUGGAGCUCAGGACAUUACUCAAAGUUGUAUGUUUUUGACAAGUGUGUGCUUGAGCUGACCAAAGAUGGGGACUUGAGGCUAAAGGGUCGCAAGAAACAUGUGGGAUGGCGAACUGGAACCGCUGGACAAGGCGUGGAGAAGCUGCAGCUACUGAGCACAGGGAAUCUGGUCCUGGUUGAUGAAAUGGGUCUGAUCAAAUGGCAAAGUUUCAACUUUCCAACCGAUGUGAUGCUGCAAGGACAGAGACUAGACGUGGCAACUCAGCUAACUUCGUUCCCAAGAGACUCGAACAUGUUCUACACUUUCGAAGUUCUACGUGACAAGAUAGCUCUGUUUGUGAACUCAGGUCAAGUGAAGUACUCAUACUGGGAAUACAAGCCAGCAAAGAACCAAAACGUCAAUUUUAUCAGAUUGGGCUUAGAGGGUCUUGACUUGUUUGACGAUAAUAGCCACAAAAUUGCUCGGAUAGAACCCGAAAGAACCGAAAGAACGCAGCUUUUGAGAUUCUUGGCGGUUGGGAACAGAACAGGAAAUCUGGGACUCUACUCCUACUCCUCUGAAAAGGGAAAGUUUGAGACUUCAUUCCAAGCUCUCAACGGCACAUGUGACCUUCCUCUGGCUUGUAAACCGUACGGAAUCUGCACAUUCUCCAAGGCUUGUUCCUGCAUAAAGAUCGCAACAGAGGAGGAGAACAGCAUGGGUUCGGAUUGCGGCGAGGAGAUUUCAGGAGAGAAGAGACGAAGUUUAUGUGAUCACGAGAUGCUAGAGCUAGACGGAGUGAAAACUGUGCUGAAAAACGGGACACGGGUGGACAACGUAAGCAAAGAAGCUUGCGAGGAAAUGUGUAAGAAAGACUGUAAAUGCACAGCAGCGAUGUAUUCGGAAGAAGGGUGUUUCAUAUAUGGGAUUGUGAUGGGUGUUAAGCAAAUAUCCAUCCGCUUGUUAAAUCGUCAAAACCUUAAACAUGAAGAGUAG